AUGCUAAGUGCCUACACUGUACAGGGCAAGGUUGAUGAUGCAAAGCUUUUGUUUGAUAGCAUUCCAUACAGGUCUCUUUUUAUUUGGAACUCUAUGCUUUCGGCAUAUGCCCAAAACUGUCAUCCGGACAAUGCAAAAUAUCAUUUUGAUGCCGUGCCCGAGUGGGACAUUGUCGCUUGGACCUCUUUAUUAUAUUCCAGAAAUUAUCAAGGAAAUGUGGAGGAAGCGAAGGUGUUGUUUGAGAAGAUGCCUGAGCGAGAUCUAAUCGCAUGGAAUGCUACGUUGUCAGGACAUUCCCAACACAGGCAUUUAGAAGACUCAAAGUGCCUGUUUGAUUUGAUGCCUUCCCACAAUAUUGUCUCUUACAACACUCGGAUGGCAGCUUACUCUCAGCAUGGAUACAUCGAGGAUGCCCUCUUGGUCUUCCAGAAAAUGAGACACAGGAACUCUAUUUCGUGGAACACUCUACUUGUGUCAUAUGCUCAAAAUGGGCAUACUACUACUGGAAAGGCGUUUUUCUCAACCUUGCCCGAGCAAAAUCUGGUUUCUUGGAAUGUAGUAAUUGGAAUGUAUGCUUUAAAUGGGCAAACUGCACAAUCCUUGGAGCUCUUUAGAAACUGUGUUGCUGAUGGUGUCAAGCUGGAUGAUGUAUCUUUUACCUCUGCAUUGAUUGCUUUGAGGCGUCCAAGAAAUCAGCCAGCUGCAUAUUUCUCAAGUGAUCACGUCGAAUCAGAUCCAAAACUCUUUGUUUACCUUGCUGAAUCCCCCAUCCUUGUAGCGGAAGGUGGUAGCGUCACUUUCUCUAUAACGAGCAAGGUCGGGUUUGCGCUCGUACGCCACCAGACCCUCGCACCACUAAGUAGAAGCUUGCGUAGGGAACCAGAUGGUUUUCAGACUCAUGAAGCUCCUCGCUUCCAUCAACAAAGAAGUGGAACUUCUCAGCUCUUGGCUGCUGCCUCUUGUGCUCCUCGACAACCUACACUGCCUCUUCCAUCUUCUGGAUUGGCGAUUGCACGAAUUACAAAUCACUGUAUCCCAGAACCUCGUCAAACGGAAUAG